CUCGGUGCGUAUCGACGUCGCGCGCGAACAUGCGCUCGGUGUCACCCGCGACCAUGACGCGCUCGGUGUCGAGCGCGCGCCUCGGGUCGACCACCUCGUCGACGACGCCGCGCCGGGCGACGGAUGCGCGGCGUCGCCCGGCGCCGCUCCGCCAGCCUCUGAGGGUCACUUCCGUCGCGUCGGAGGAGCGACCGGCGCCCGCGACCGAACGCCGCGACCGAACGCCGCCGCGACGUCCCGACGCCUACGCGCCACCCGCCGUGACCCUGACGCGCGGCCAACUCGUGCGCAAGGACGUCGUCACGCGCACCACGGGCGUGCGCCUGGGCACCGCGACGAACCUGUGGGUGGACGUGGACGAGUGGGAGGUUGUCGCGCUCGACGUGCGGCCGUACGUGCGCGGCGCGCUGCUCAACGGCGUCGGCGGCGGCGCCGUCGACCACGUUCUCAUGUCUUCGCUGCGCCAGGUGGGUGACGUCAUCCUCGUGCACGACGAAUCCGCCGUGGAGCGAAGGUGGAGCUCGUACGGCCUGAGCACCGUCGUGGGAUGCGACGUCGUCACCGAACGCGGCACGUACAUCGGGCGGGUGCGGGAUUACGAGUUCGACCCGGACGACGGCUUGGUCCAACGAAUCGUCGUGGACGCCCUCGGGCUGCCCAUCGUCCCCGAGGGCGUCGUCAGCACCUACGCGGUGGACGUCGGCGAGAUCCUCAGCGUGGGCAUGGACAGGAUAAUCUUGGCCGAGGGCGCGGAGUCGCGCGUGGAGCAGCUCAGCGCCAGCCUGCUCCAGAGGCUGCAGCUCACCGCGCCGCCGUGGGAGGACGACCUCGCGACGUACGCGGACUACUACGAGGCGGACGUGCGCGCGAGGCAGCAGGCGGAGUGGGAGCGGCAGCAGGCGUGGGCGCAGCAGGGGUAUCAGCAGCGGGGGUAUCAGCAGCAGCAGGCGAGGUAUAACCCGACUCGGGGGACCUACUCCGAGGACUACUACGCCGCGCCGCCGCCGGCGGCGGCGGGGAUACCGCUGGUGCGCCCCAAUCAGCCGUACGAGCGACGUGACGCGGACGGCGGCUACGGCGACCGACCUCCCGCGGCCGCCGCCCGCCAGGGAGAGCGCCAGGGGCGAGCCAUCGGCGACUGGAUGGUCCGGGACGAGCGGGAUCUCGAGUACGAGUACGAGUACGCCGACGGCGGGUACGCUUCGGAGACGAACGGACGCGUGCAGCGCGGCGGGGAUACGAACCGUCGGGUGGAAUCGCCCCCGCCCCCGCCCGCGGACGCGUGGGCGCGAGCCGCGCCGGAGCGAGACGACGGAUCCGGGGCGAAGAAAUCGCGGGGAGGAACAACAAACGGGGACGCCCCGCAGUCCCCGGGCAGGAAGGGCUUCGACGCCGACGAGGACAUGUUGUAA